UUUUCUUCAGACUUGUUGGUCAUGUUUGUAACACAGUACAAAGAACAGGAAAUCCAAAAAUUGCUGUGGGAGGUAAUAGGUGUAACCAGGAAAUACAUAUGUGUGAAACACAUCCGAAACAGCUUUCAAACUGUCACUUUUUUUUCUCCAGCUUUCGAACAAAACAUCCAUUGAGUAUGCUGAAGAACAUUUUGAAUAUGGUUUUGAUAGCCGCCUCCAAGCUGAUUCUUUUGAUUGUCUUUGCGCAAGCUGUGGGUGCUGGGAAGGUUUUAGUGUUUCCCCAUGAUGGCAGCCACUGGGUAAACAUGAGGAUCCUGGUUGAGGAGCUACACUCAAGAGGCCACAGCAUUUCAGUAAUUCGAGCUUCAGAAAGCUGGUAUAUUAAGGAAGACUCUCCUUACUAUCGUGCAAUUACUAUCGAUAUUGCAGGGGGAAGUGAAGAGGAGUUUUUCAGUUUGUUUGUUUCUAGACUCGUGCAGAUACAGAGACAAGGUGAAUCAGCUUGGACUCGCUUCAGUCUGGACAUGGAGCUGAAGGACCAGUUUUCAAAUAUGCACCGUAAAGUAUGCGAAAUGGUUACCCAUAUAUUUGAGAGUGAAGAUCUGAUGCAGUCCAUUAAAAACAGCAAAUAUGACUUGGUUCUUACUGACCCUGCCAACGGGGGAGGUGUUGUGCUUGCGCACUAUUUAAAUGUGCCUCUUGUUUUUAAUGUUCGAUGGACUGUACAUGGUGAAGCUCAUUUUGCAAUUGCACCCUCUCCACUGUCCUAUGUUCCAUUUCCUAUUGGUGAGCUGUCAGAUAAAAUGACAUUCAUCCAGAGGGUCCGAAACCUGCUCGUUUAUGUCAUGAGGCUUCAUCUUUACAGACAGAUAGUGGGUCCUCAUUAUUCAGCACUGGUUCAUCGAUACUUUGGUCUGGACAUAGACUACUUCUCACUGUUUCAAGCUGCUGACCUAUGGCUGAUGAGAGUUGACUUUGUGUUUGAGUUCCCUCGUCCCACCAUGCCUAAUGUUAUCUACAUGGGAGGGUUCCAGUGUAAACCUGCUAAGCCCCUUCCUCAAGACCUGGAAGAGUUUGUUCAGAGUUCGGGAGAGCACGGAGUCAUUAUAAUGUCUCUGGGGACCUUAGUAGGAGAACUUCCCCAGGAUCUUGCUGAUGAAAUAGCUGCUGCUUUUGCCCAACUUCCCCAGAAAGUGAUCUGGAGGCACACUGGAGAGAGGCCAGCUACUCUGGGCAACAAUACCUUACUAGUGGACUGGAUGCCACAGAAUGAUCUUCUAGGACAUCCAAAGACCAGAGUGUUUGUAGCUCACGGAGGAACCAAUGGUAUUCUUGAGGCUAUAUACCAUGGUGUUCCUAUGUUAGGCCUACCUCUUAUGUUUGACCAACCAGACAACAUGUCAAGGAUGAAACUGAAGGGUGUUGCAAAAGUUGUUGAUAUUGCCAGACUAGAUAGGGAUGUGUUUGGGGAAACUUUAAAGGAAGUGCUGAAUGAGCCUUCCUACAGGGUGAACAUGCAGAGACUCUCCAGGCUGCACAGGGACCAGCCUAUGAAGCCACUGGACAGGGCUCUCUUCUGGAUUGAGUUUGUCAUGAGACACAAAGGUGCGGCUCACCUUCGUACAGAGUCCUACAGAAUGCCCUGGUACUCCUACCACUCUGUUGAUGUAGUUGUGUUUUUACUAGCCAUUUUGCUCCUUAUUCUGCUGUCUUUUAUAGUUGUUAUUAGAUAUGUAUGUUGUAGGACUUGUUAUAAAACUAAAGUUAAAGAUGAGUGAUUUAAAAGGAAAACAUUUUGGCAUAUGUUCAGAUAUCUUCCUAUAAAUCCUUCAAUUGAGCACAAUUUAGGGCACAGUGUAGAUUAUUUAGUAUUCUGUAUUUCUGUAUGUUAUUUAUAAUCAGACACAUUUAAACUUAAAAUGUGCCACAUCACAUCUGUUGUCAUCUGUAAUCACAUAUUGAUAUCUGUGCCUUAGAUUCAUAUUAGGCUCAUACUGCAAUCAUUUGACAUAGUUAAGUGCACUAUCAAA